AUGCGGCUUUUACAACGUGACGAUGCAGGCAACUAUAGUCUUACCCAAAACCUCGCACGCAAAGAUGCUCCCCCGUAUGCGAUACUUUCUCACACGUGGGGACUGGACGAGGUGGUCUUCGCCGAUAUUGAAAAGCCCCUGAGGGAUUGGCAGCAUAAAUCAGGCUACGAAAAGAUCAAUUUCUGUGCUAAUCAAGCGAGGCACGAUGGUUUGGCGUACUUUUGGGUUGAUACCUGCUGCAUCGAUAAGUCUGAUAGCAUCGAGCUUCAGACCGCGGUCAACAGCAUGUUUCGAUGGUAUCGCGAUGCGCAACGAUGCUACGUCUACCUGCCCGAUGUUUCCAGUGAUACAGUCUCUAGUGAACAGCAAAAUGUAAUACCAUGGAAAGAUGCCUUCCGGCAAAGCCGAUGGUUCACACGCGGGUGGACGCUGCAAGAGCUUAUUGCACCGACGAUAGUUGAGUUCUAUUCAAAGGAAGGUGCUCGGCUAGGCGACAAGCGGUCCUUGGAGCCUUUGAUUUGCGGCAUCACAGGCAUUCCUGCGAGCGCGCUUCGCUGCACACCUUUGUCUGAGUUUCCUGUCGCGGAACGAGAAGCAUGGGUACGCGGCCGUCAGACAACACACGAGGAGGACAUAGUGUAUUCUCUGUUGGGCAUAUUUGACAUUCACAUGCCGCUCCUCUACGGCGAAGGACGGGAGAAAGCGCAGAAACGACUGCUUGAGGAAGUCCAGAAAGCUGUAACAGGAACCCGUGCGAGCGACUUCUCUAUUACCUUCAGUCUAUUAGAAGUCCCCGAAACUCAAUGCUUUGUUGCGCGAGAGAGCGAAAUUGCGGAGAUGCGCAGAGCACUAAUAAGUCCAGAUGGUGGCCGUCGCAUCGUUAUCCUACACGGUUUGGGUGGAAUUGGUAAGACACAGCUUGCUGUAAUAUAUACGAAGCGGUACCGGGAUGAAUACUCUGCGAUAUUUUGGCUCAACAUUAAAGACGAAUUGUCUAUUCGACGGAGCUUCACUAAAGUCGCAAAGCAAAUCCUGCGGCAGCAUCCCGAUGCUAGCGGCCUGAAUGCGUUGGACCCGCAGCUCAACCCUGAGGAGGUCAUUGAAGCUGUUAAGGCAUGGCUCAGCUUGCCUGGAAACACGAGAUGGCUUAUUGUAUACGAUAACUACGAUAACCCGAGACUAAGCAACGACAAAACUGACACGGGAGUCGACAUUUUUCAAUUUCUUCCCCCGUCGUACCAAGGCUCGAUCAUAGUCACUACACGGCUAUCACGGGUUGAUAUAGGUCAUCGUAUACGUAUUAAAAAGCUGGAAUCGAUCGAUGAUAGUCUCAAAAUCCUAUCCACGACCUCAGGCCGAGAUAGAUUGCAUGAUGACAUGGAUGCUAGAGAUCUUGUAGAGAAGCUUGACGGCCUUCCGCUUGCCCUUGCGACGGCUGGAGCAUACCUCAGGCACGUUGCGGCCAGCUUCAGUGAUUAUCUUCGCCUAUACACAAAAUCGUGGGCGAGGCUUCAUGCAAGCACCCCAGACUUGGGAUCCUAUCAAGACCGCACACUCUCGUCUACAUGGCAAGUCUCAUACGAGAAAGUACAGGAAAAAAACGCACUCAGUGCUCAUUUGCUCCAAUGGUGGGCCUAUUUUAACAAUGAAGAUAUAUGGUUUGAACUCAUCCAGCCUUGCGAUGAUGAGGGUAUGCCGUGGAUGUUUGAGCUGAAUGAUGAGCUCAAUUUCAAUAGCGCGAUUGGCAUUCUGCAUGACUAUGGGUUUGUCGAGCCACAUAGACCAAGUCCUGACUUGAUCGAGUCAAGGGGGUACAGCAUUCAUGCAUGCUUACACUCUUGGGCAAUUCACAAAUUGAAUCAUGGUUGCGAUGGUGAUCUGAAAAGGCUUGCGUUAAAUCGCAUAGCAUCAAGGGUGCCAACACGUAAUGAUGAUAAGUUCUGGCUGCUUCAAAGGCGGCUUUUAUCACAUGCGAUGAUGGCUUGCACCACAAUCCAGGAUGGUGAUGGUCCGGAUUGGGCUUUCCUCAACCUAGGUCUCCUUUAUUAUGACCAAGGCAAGAUGCAAGAGGCUGAGGAGAUGUACUUACGGGCGCUUCGAGGGUAUGAGAGGGGACCAGAUCAUGAAUCGAUAUUCGAUGUAGCCAAUAACCUUGGGAACCUUUAUGCCGACCAAGGCAAGCAGCAAGAGGCUGAGGAGAUAUACUUACGGGCGCUUCAAGGGUAUGAGAAGAUACAUGGACCAGAUCAUAUAUCGCUACUCGAUACAGUUCAUAACCUUGGGAUCCAUUACUCUGACCAAGGCAAGCAGCAAGAGGCCGAGGAGAUGUACUUACGGGCGCUCCGAGGGUAUGAGAAGGCAUGGGGACCAGAUCAUAUAUCGACACUCGAUACAGUUAAUAGCCUAGGUCUCCUUUACUCUGAGCAAGGUAAGCAGCAAGAGGCUGAGGAGAUGUACUUGCGGGCACUUCAAGGGAAGGAGAAGGCAUGGGGACCAGAUCAUAUAUCAACACUCGAUACAGUUUUUAACCUUGGGAACUUUUACUCCGAUCAAGAUAAGAGACAAGAGGCUGAGGAGAUGUAUUUACGGGCGCUUCAAGGAUAUGAGAAGGCAUGGGGACCAGAUCAUAUAUCAACACUCGAUACGGCCAAUAACCUAGGUCUCCUUUACUUCGAUCAAGAUAGGGGACAAGAGGCUGAGGAGAUGUUUUUACGGGCGCUUCAAGGAUAUGAGAAGGUGUGGGGACCAGGUCAUAUAUCAUCACUCGAUACGGUCAAUAACCUAGGUCUCCUUUACUCCGAUCAAGAUAAGAUACAAGAGGCUGAGGAGAUGUUUUUACGGGCGCUUCAAGGAUACGAGAAGGCUAUACGGCCCCAAGAUAUUGCGAGAUACCAACCAGCAAUUAUCACAAUGUGGAAUUUGGGGGCCUUCCUAUGGGAUCAGGGCAAGCCAGUCGAGGCGGGGGAAUAUUAUCACCAGGCUCACAGCAAUCUUGAGGCAUUGUUGGGACCCCAGCAUCAUGACGUUCAGAAACUGCGCAAUGAACUACUGGAAUUAAAAUCAGAAUAUCCAGAGUGA